CCUGCGGGUAGCCGGAGGCUGGGGAGGCUCUGGAACCUAGGGUGAGAGAGGGAGCGAAAGGUGAGGGGAGCUGAAGGAGGGGACGCGCUGCCGGGCGCCCCCAGUCUAUGGAGCGGGGUAAGAUGGCGGAGGCGGAGAGCCUGGAGACAGCCGCGGAGCACGAGCGGAUCCUGCGAGAGAUCGAGAGCACCGACACGGCCUGCAUCGGGCCCACCCUCAGGUCUGUCUAUGAUGGUGAGGAACAUGGACGAUUCAUGGAGAAGCUUGAAACUCGCAUCCGCAAUCAUGACCGGGAAAUUGAGAAAAUGUGCAACUUUCAUUACCAGGGCUUUGUGGACUCUAUAACUGAACUGCUGAAAGUGAGAGGGGAAGCUCAGAAACUCAAAAAUCAAGUGACGGAUACUAAUAGAAAACUGCAACAUGAGGGAAAGGAACUGGUAAUAGCGAUGGAAGAGCUGAAGCAGUGUCGACUACAACAGAGAAAUAUUUCAGCCACUGUUGAUAAAUUAAUGCUGUGUCUUCCAGUCCUGGAGAUGUAUAGCAAACUGAGGGACCAGAUGAAAACUAAAAGGCAUUAUCCUGCACUGAAAACUCUGGAACAUCUAGAGCAUACCUAUCUGCCUCAAGUAAGCCACUAUCGAUUCUGCAAGGUGAUGGUGGACAACAUCCCCAAGCUUCGAGAAGAAAUUAAGGAUGUAUCUAUGUCUGAUCUCAAAGACUUUCUGGAGAGUAUCCGCAAACAUUCAGACAAAAUUGGAGAGACUGCCAUGAAGCAAGCUCAACAACAAAGAAACCUGGAUAACAUCGUCUUGCAGCAACCCAGAAUAGGUAGCAAGAGAAAAUCUAAAAAAGAUGCAUACACAAUUUUUGAUACAGAUAUAGAAAGCACUAGCCCCAAGUCUGAACAGGAUUCAGGAAUUCUGGAUGUUGAAGAUGAGGAAGAUGAUGAAGAGGUACCUGGAGCCCAAGAUUUGGUGGAUUUCUCUCCUGUUUAUCGAUGUCUACACAUAUAUUCUGUCCUGGGUGCCCGGGAAACAUUUGAGAAUUAUUACCGAAAACAGAGGCGAAAACAGGCCCGUUUGGUGCUCCAGCCUCCAUCUAACAUGCAUGAAACUUUAGAUGGCUACAGGAAGUAUUUUAAUCAAAUUGUAGGCUUUUUUGUGGUUGAAGAUCACAUUUUACAUACAACCCAGGGCUUAGUAAAUAGAGCCUACAUUGAUGAACUCUGGGAAAUGGCACUUUCAAAAACCAUUGCGGCACUCCGAACCCACUCGUCUUACUGCUCUGAUCCAAACCUCGUGUUAGAUUUGAAGAACCUCAUUGUGCUUUUUGCUGACACACUUCAGGUGUAUGGUUUUCCUGUAAAUCAGCUUUUUGACAUGCUGUUAGAAAUCAGAGAUCAGUAUAGUGAAACUCUGCUAAAGAAGUGGGCAGGUAUCUUCAGAAACAUACUUGAUUCUGACAAUUACAGUCCUAUACCAGUAACAAGUGAAGAAAUGUAUAAAAAGGUGGUAGGACAGUUCCCAUUCCAAGAUACAGAGUUGGAAAAGCAACCAUUUCCAAAAAAGUUUCCUUUCUCUGAAUUUGUGCCAAAAGUUUACAACCAAAUUAAAGAAUUUAUUUAUGCCUGCCUGAAGUUUUCGGAAGAUCUUCACCUAAGCUCAACUGAAGUCGAUGACAUGAUUCGCAAAUCUACAAACCUGUUGCUAACCAGGACUCUGAGCAACUCCCUGCAGAAUGUCAUUAAAAGGAAGAAUAUUGGACUUACUGAGCUUGUCCAGAUUAUCAUCAAUACCACACACUUGGAGAAAUCCUGUAAGUACUUGGAAGAAUUCAUCACCAACAUCACUAAUGUGCUUCCAGAGACAGUCCACACCACCAAGCUCUAUGGCACCACAACUUUUAAGGAUGCCAGACAUGCAGCGGAAGAAGAGAUUUAUACCAACUUAAACCAGAAGAUCGACCAGUUUCUACAGCUGGCUGACUAUGACUGGAUGACUGGAGAUUUGGGCAACAAAGCUAGUGAUUACCUAGUAGACCUCAUUGCCUUUCUACGAAGCACUUUUGCUGUAUUCACACACCUUCCUGGAAAGGUGGCCCAAACAGCAUGUAUGUCAGCUUGCAAGCACUUAGCCACAUCCUUGAUGCAACUUUUGCUGGAAGCUGAAGUAAGACAGCUCACCCUGGGAGCAUUACAGCAGUUCAACUUGGAUGUCAGAGAAUGUGAACAGUUUGCCAGAUCCGGCCCGGUGCCUGGGUUCCAGGAGGACACGCUGCAGUUGGCCUUCAUCGACUUGAGACAACUUUUGGAUCUCUUCAUUCAGUGGGACUGGUCAACCUACCUAGCUGACUAUGGUCAGCCCAACUGCAAGUACCUGCGAGUGAACCCAGUGACCGCUCUGACCCUGCUUGAGAAGAUAUCUAGAGAGAUGAAGGACACUAGCCGCAAGAACAACAUGUUUGCACAGUUUCGGAAAAAUGAGCGAGACAAGCAGAAAUUGAUCGACACUGUGGCCAAGCAGCUCCGGGGACUCAUCAGCAGCCACCACUCAUGAAGGCUGGCCUCAAGCCCGUAGCGGCUGCUCACCACAGCCCCAGAGGCUGAGACCCAGCCUCGGCUGGCCCUGCAUUCAUGCAUUCUUCUUCAAAAAGAGCAAAUGUAUUUUUUUAAUAACCUGUGUACAGUAUUCACAUAACCUUUCCCUAUAGUAAAAGAGGCACAAGAAGAAGCAAGUACGUGAGGUGUUGCUAGGCUGGGACUCAGGGGAAAUCAUACUGUACUCUGUGUUAGCCUAGAGAUGGGGGUAUCACAGUCCCAGGAUGAUGAACCACCUUUCGUCGCGGCUCUAGAGCCUAGGUCUGGGGCUCAGGAAUGACACAAACAAAAUGGGUCCUUGGCACCGGGAGGUAAGGUGAGUAGGCGAGAAGAUAAUAAAGAAUAUCCUGUUCACUCCUGGGCUCCCCAUUCACCACACAGGUGAGGUUGGUUCUUCCUGAUGCAUGGAGAAGACCUGGAAAACGUUACUGUUUAGCAUAUGAAAGACCAGCACACAGCUCUGGAGUUCAGAUCUCCUCAGUCCACCAACGUUCAUUGGCUGGAGAACAAACAUGGUGUGUGGCCAGAUGACAGCUUCACUCCAGUCCCCCAAGGGUGGCAGUUUCUUUAGCCCAGGUCUGACCCAGUGCUUUUAUUGCUGAUUUUUCUGGGGCAAGAUAGAGCUGAGUAUACAGUGGUGAUAAUUGGACCCCAUGACUAACUGCAGGUUGCUCCACACCAGGAGGAGUUUUAUUAGCUCUUGAAAGCCAGUGUGAAUGGAAUCGGAGCCUCGGUCCCUUCCCUGUUCAUCUCAUUGUCUUCUUUCAGGGUCAGGGCACUUGGUUCAUAGCAUAGAUCAACAGUUAUUUCUGUAGAUCUUCACAGAGUCUCGGACUUGGCCUCCUUCAGUAGUGUCAUCGGGAUAAGUCAGAUUCCAGAAGCCUGAAAAUGGCCCUUCCUUUACCCUUAGGUAAAAGCUGAAGGUUACUGGGGAGUGCUCCUUGUGUUCGAAAACCAGCUCUCUGGCCACCAUCUUUAAAAGAAACAUUACCAGCUCUGCACGAUGGGCGCAGCCGCAGCUGGACAGGAUGCGUGUGGGGGUGGAGCCACUGCCACCAUGAGGUAGACAGGGCCAACCAUGGCUAGUGGUUUGUUGCCUCUGGCUCAGCGGUCCCUUACUAAGUCAUCUCCUAGAUGUGAAGCUCUUCUUACUCAAGCCCAAGCCUUCCAUCCUCUUCUCAGAUCCCCAUAACUAUCCUCUGGCCUUGUCUGAGAAAGGUUGUCUGUAAUCCCAGGGAGCCUGGACUAGCUGGCUUGACGGCUGUGUCCGCUAUCGCAGGUGGGCUCCUGACGCUUGGUGCAAGGGCUUUGCCGUGAGGUCAGUCAGAGGAGCCUGCACUUUAAGACUCCUCAGGAAGGUGCUCCUGUGGCUGCCGGCAAGCGUCUAAUUGUGCAUCACCAAACAAUGACAAAUAAGCCACACAGGCAUUUCCAGCUUGGAUUAAUGGGAGGAGAGACUCAUCAAACAGAAUUCUUCACUACCUUUGUCAGCUACUUAGUUGCUUCUGGGAAGGGCAGUGCUUCCUUUUUCAUCCCCCACCCCAGUCCCCCCGAAUCCCAUCCCAACUUGCAAACCAAGGGGAAGAGAUUACACACACAAGCAUGAGCCUUUCUCCAAGCUGGAGGGGCCAGGUUGUGUGGAAGCUCUGGAGAAGCUUUCUGAGGCUUACCUUGAGGCCUAGGUGCUUGGCCCAGGGUCUCAGGAUGAGGGUUGGGGAUGAAUGCUGCCAUCCAGAAUUGCAAAAGGCAAGGGAAGGCGGGGAGCCAUGGGAAUGGGACCCCAGAUGCCAUCGCCCAAAGAGAGCAAGAAAUGAUUACAUUGAUCUGAAGUCCUGUUGCUUAAGAAGGGCCCAACACACACUCCUUCAGUAGUCCCCUGUUUGCAGCAAGAUCCUUUCAGCUUGGAGAGCUGAAACGGGGACAUGGGAUGAAGAGAGCCUUAAGCAUGGCACAGUUUUUGUCUUUUCCGAGUCAUCAUUGCUGGUCAGGUCUCAAGCUCAUACCCUGGAAAGACUGCCGUAGAGGAAAAGCAAACAGGGUGGAGGAACGGGGGUUCCUCUGCAUCUCGUACACAGAAGUCCCUCUAAAGAACAGACUUACCCAAGCUCAAGACUCAUAGGGGAGGACGCUUUGGUGGAUCUCUUCCCUCUCGGUCUGCCUUCUGUCUUCUCUGAUGAAACCAACAUGCUGCUACUGAGUUGUCUCUAGAGACACACUCUUGUUGGGCAAGGGAAGGUCAAAACACAGGACGGCAAUGUCCAAGUUGUUUGAAUUGUGCAAAGUCGGAUUUUUGAGUCUUGUCUCUAUGCCUCUAGCUGGUCCAGCCCUUGAGGGGACUUGUGCACAUGCUCCCAUGCCCCUGAGACUCCUAAGACCUGGCCUCAGAUGCCCAGAGAUGUGGAAGUGCCCCGGCAGGCCUCAAUAGGAGGGCAAGAACAGCAGUGGCUAGAGGGCUGCGAGCCUUGGAGUUAGUGUGACGCUUAGCCAAGUUCUUGGGGAAACCAGGUCCAUGCUUCUAAAGGGCCCUUCUGGUUUGGGCCCCUCGUAGGUUUCAGCAGUAGCGUAGGCAGCUUGUAUAGUUUUAGCAUUCACAGGAAAUCUCUUUGGACUGUGAGUGAAGCUGUUAGGGGUGGGGAAGAACAGGACCUGGAAAUUGGAACCAGCAGAGUCCCUGUUGACAAAAGGAGUGUCCAGCUUCCAAGGAGUGCUCCCCAGUGUUUCCAUUGCAUACCAGGCCUAACAGUCUCUCGGGCCUCAGAGCCAGCCUAGCUUCAUUGCACACUUGACAAGUGCUUGCUCAGCAAGCCCCAGACCCAGGGCCCUCUCUCCCCAAGAUUGGCAACGGCCAUGACCUUCCUCAUAAAGCCUCUCCACACUCCCUGGGGCCUGCUACAGAGCUCCCCCUCCCUUCACCUCCCUUCUCUCAGGACUCUGUUCCUGGCUGCUUCAACUGCCUCUUUUUUUUUCUUUGCCUGCGUUCGCAAUUACUUUUCACUAAUGUGUUGGAAAUGGCCUUUUUAUUUUGCACAAAUAGUUGCACAUUUAUGGAGGAAAUUUAGGAGAGUCCAUUUUUAACUCUAAAGGGAACUUUUUUCUUUAAGACUCACUCAUAAAGCUACUGAUGCAGAUGGGCCUCGUGGUUAGUGGGAACCUCCUGUGUGGAAAGAGCAUGUUUAUUCCUCCUGUACAUUUUCCUCUCUCAACUGCUAUUAAACAAGGGAGCCUAUGUACCUGUUUCAAAAGCCA